AUGUUUGUUUAUUUCCUUUAUAACCUUCAUCCUUUCUUCUACCUGAAAGUUCCCGAAAUCCCAUUCUCGAACUCGCGACUCUUCCCUCAUGCCAAUGAUCCUCUUCUUCGAGAGUUUGAGCUUGGGGAGCGUCGACCGGGUGCAGGCAUACAAAGAUGCAAAAGUAAGUGGCAAAAGACAAAUGAAAGCUCAGAGAACCAAUGGUUUUGGUCCUUAACAGAUUUUUAUUUUAUCAUCCCAAACAAGUCAAACCAAAUCCUUCAGAGCAACACAUUCUUGCCAAAAGAUGCUUCCACAACUAUUAACUCAGAGGGCUUUGUUCUCCUUGAUAUUAGGCCAACUUGGGAGAGAGAGAAGGCACGUGUGGCAGGGUCUUUGCACGUGCCAAUGUUUGUGGAGGACACUGAUAACAGUCCAAUAACUCUGCUUAAGAAGUGGGUGCAUUUUGGGUACAUUGGGUUGUGGACUGGCCAGUACCUCACUACUUUGAAUUCUGAGUUCCUUAGUCAAGUGGAAAAUUCCAUUCCUACAGGUAAGGAGACCAAGCUUCUUGUGGCGUGUGGAGGAGGAUUAAGGUCAAUGGCAGCAGCUUCAAAACUAUACAAUGGAGGUUACAAAAAUCUUGGAUGGUUGGCUGGAGGCUUUAAUCUUUCAAAGAACAAUGACUUCCCAACAGUAGAAGGAAAAGAAAAGUUGCAGCAUGCAACUGUAGGGGGUGCUUCUUAUUUCUAAAGGAUGUUGACUAAGGAAUUAUUUUUACAACGUAUUACUUUUCAUGUAUGUGCAUCUUUUAAACUUGUAAGCCUCUGUAGCCUAGUGGCAAGUACAUUUUAUUCAAAUUCCAUUUAAAUUAAGACUUUGAAAUUUUGUAGAUAUUCAUGCCAGGUUUCCAUAUUUCACAAAUGCAUUUGCUGAAGUAGUUAUGUCAA